AUGGGUUUCGUAUACAUGGUUCUUUUGAAGCCUUCUGAAAUACGCUUUACAAAGAACUUACUCGCAUCGGAAUUCGAUAACGGAAUUUCCCUCUCGGAGACCUUUACUCAAAUAAAGAAUGGAGAAAUUCUCUUGGAGGAUGUUCCUGCAAUAGAAGUUGUUUUCUAUUCCAAGAAGUGGGAAUGGUUUACUCUAAACAACCGGCGACUGUGGGUUUUAAAAGAGCUGGAAAAGAUUGGUAAAUGUCGCUAUGUGAAAACUAAGAGAAUUGAGUACCUGGAAAAUACCUUUGAGUAUCCCGUCUUGCUCUAUGGUUCCGCAGCUCUGGCAGAAAAAAGCCGUACGUUCACGUGGAAAGGUGACAGCUUGCAAAUCACAACACGGAGAACUUCGUCAAAAGAGGUCGAAAUUUACCAUGAAGAGGAUGAAAGGAAAACCCGACAAGAUUUUCAAAAGAGAGAGAGCUAUUCACAUCCCAAUGAAAAAAGCGUUCAGUAUUGUGGCAGCCGUAAGAUAAGACGUAGACGAUGUAACAAGCGUUAUCACCCAUACGGCAGACACAAAGAGCGACGUGUGAAAAGAGAAUUGUAUGCUGGCACCACUGUUUGCAUUCGACGGCAAAGUGUUGACAGCUUAGAAGAACGGAGUCGCAGCCGCCGAAAUUCUGAGACGUCAGAGUUUUCAAGUUCAGAGUACGGUUUCCAUUUUAGUUACACCGUGUGGAAUAAAAAGAGGCAAGCAUUUUUACAACGUGUCUACUGCGUUCGCACUGGCCGUUUGAGGGAUCCAUCGCGAUUUGUAGAUGUCUUGUAUACAUGUGGCGUUUGUUUUAAGAGCUUCCAGUCCAAAGUCAGCCUGAAUCAGCACAGUGAAGAGCUUUUCCACUGGGCCUGUGUACGAUGUGGAAGGUUUUUCGAAAGUCACACCGCUCUUGGACAGCACAAACUUGCUUUGAACCAUACAGUGUAAACGCACAAUACUUUAUAUUUGUUUGGUUAUUUUGGUGAGACUGACAGAUAAGUCUAAACGUUAACUCUGUUGUUACUUGGAAACUGCUAGCU